AUGGUGUCCCAUCAAUGGAGGAGGUUUGCUUUCUUCAGUAAGGAAGUUGUUAAAGAUGAAAACGGGGACAAGUGGUCCGGUCUUCAGGAUAUAGACAUAACAUGUACAGCUAGUGGGAGGGGUAAACUACUAAUUGGAGACAGUAAAGGUCACCUCCACUGUCUUACUCAGGACAUGAAGGAUGUGGAGGUCAGGAAACUUUACGAGACUCGUCUCACACAUCUGGUACAAAUACCUAAAGCUAAACAGAACAUUGUGGUUACUGUCGGGGAGGACGAACCUGCGCAUCCUAUACUCCGGGUGUGGAACAUGACCCCACGGUUAGCUGACAGUGGCUGUGUUCGUUACGUAGACCUGACGACCCUCUCCAAAACUAACGUUACAAUUAACGUGACUUGUAUUGUUGUCAGUGAUAACAUGUCUAACAUGGCAGUAGGAUUAGCAGAUGGAACUGUGUGGCUGUUUUACAAACACGACAUUACAAGGGAGCAGCGAUACAAAGUGAUCCACUCAGACAAGGCGUCUAUAACUGGACUGGCGUUCAACAAGGAAGUGGCAUUGUUUGUUGCUACUGAAACUGCAGUGCAUUCCUACAAACGGGUAUCAGAUAGCAACCCCUUGCCGACGUUUCUCUCCAGUGAGGGGUGUGGUCUGGGCCUCUCCCUCCUUACUGAUCACCAUCAGUACCAUCAGUUCCUUAUUGCUCCUAAGAAUAAGUUCCUUUUCUUUACUGUGGACGAUCCUGGAAAUAACCUCCCCAUGGAUGGUACCAGGUCCCACAUAGCGUGGUACAGGGGAUGUCUGGUAUCCGUCUCUUUCGCCAGGAGAACCAUGCUAAAACAGGACUCUAUUUGCGACCUGACUAUCUACGAUAUGAGCAACAAGUUUAUAGGGUUCACUGGAACGUUCCCACCAGUUAAAGCUCUGUUAGUGGAAUGGGGAUCUCUUUAUGUUAUCGGCAAAAACAACGAGAUUUAUAAACUCAACGAGAAAGGGAUCCAAGAGAAGAUAGAUAUCUUAAAGAGGAAAUGUUUGUAUGAUGAUGCUAUACAGUUAGCUAAGAACAACCAGGACGAUCACAUGAACCUUAUCAAGGCGCACGGUGAUCAUCUAGCUAGUAAAGGGGAUCACGACGGAGCUAUAUCCAAGUAUAUCGGUACUAUCGGUCACGUGGAGCCUUCCUAUGUGAUCAGGAAGUUUCUAGAUGCUCGCCGUAUUCAUAACCUCACACAGUACCUAGAAGCACUACACGAAGCAAACGUAGCGAACCAAGAUCACACAACGCUUCUACUAAACUGUUACACUAAACUAAAGAAUGUGCAAAAGUUAGAGCAGUUUAUUAGAAGUGAGGGGGAACUGAACUUUGAUGUGGAGACUGCUAUCAAGGUUUGCAGACAAGCUACUUACUUUGAUGACGCUGCUUACCUGGCCAAGAAGUUCAACCAAUACGAUUGGUACGUUCACAUACAAAUAGAAGAUAAGCAGGACUACAGAACUGCACUUGAUUACAUUAAUGAGUUACCUAGCCUGGAUAAGAAGAAGGAAAACGUUAAGAACUUCGGAAAACAGCUGAUGGACCACCUUCCUGAGGACAUGACAGAGUUUCUAAUACAGCUGUGUGGGGAGACUGAGGAUCCACCUCCACCAGAGGAGUUCAUACCUCUCUUUGUUAACAGGAAUGACUGUCUGAUACUGUUUCUCGAAGCUAUCGUGGAUAGACAACCUGAAUCGUCUUCUCAAGUUUAUAACGCGCUGCUGGAGCUGUACUUGAGAGAUUCCCAGAAGGAAGAGUGUAGGGAGAAGAGAACAGAACAAGUAGUGGAGAUGCUGCAGAACGACACUGCUAGGUAUGACCCUGACCACGCCCUGCUCCUAAUGCAGCUGUACAGACUCCAACCUGGUAUUGUUAUACUCUGUGAGAAGCGUGGUCUUUACCAACACGUAUUGGAUUGUUACUGUGAGGACAACGAGUACAAGAGUAUAAUGGACCUGUGUUGGAGGCGUGGUACUGAGGAGGCAUCACUCUGGGUACAAGCUCUCAGGUAUUUUGCAGUUCGGGAGGACGAGGAGAGUAGAGAACACGUGGCUGAGAUCCUACAGUACAUCGAACAGAAGAACCUUCUUCCUCCUCUAAUGGUGGUAAAAGCGUUAUCAGAGAACGCUAAAACUCCCAUAUCAGUGCUGAUGAACUACAUAACACGACACAUACAGAUAGAGGAAGAACAGACAAAUGAGAAUGAGAUCCUGAUCAAGAAAUAUUCUGAGGAAGCUACUAAAAUGCGGGAAGAGAUAAAGAAGCUAAAGACAGAACCAGUAAUCUUCCAAACUAACAAGUGUACUCAGUGUGUGAAGAAACUGAACCUACCUGCUGUUCAUCUCCUCUGUAAACAUUCCUGGCAUCAGCAGGUAUGUGUUUAA